CUUGAGUGCGACACGCCACGCGCACUUCUACGCGCGUGCUCGAUACGAUUUUACCAAAACAUACGAACAAAAUACGGUGCAGAUGCCGACCGUAGUGAAAUUCGGAAUUUUCAUCUUCAAUGUUGAAAGUGUGUUAUGUUUUCUUGUGUGAAGCCAGAGACAAUAUUAGUGUUCUAACAUAGUGAUGGUGUUUAUUUGCGAUGCCGGAUUGGCGAUACAACGUUCUGUCGACGAGCGAGGCGUACAUAGACGCCGAAGGGGGUCCUCCUCGCGAUCCCUUCGCCGCUAGUUAUCCACGUCGAGCCGAUCGCUCUCGGCCACCUCAUACUUGUCCUUAUACAACUAUAUUUCUUGGAACACGUACACAUGUGCCUUACCGUUUAACGCCUCUGCAAAGUGAGAAUGGUGACCUAUAUGCUGAUGCAUACUCAGUUGAUCGAUCCUCUAAUCUCACGGAUACAUCAAGCUUCGCUCGCUACGAAGAUUGUCGUUCACAAUUGGACAGUACCUUAAUACCAAAACGAGAAAACGCUUAUCCUAGCGAGAAAACAGAAGGAAGUGUAACGCUUCAGGUUCAAAAAGUGCCCUAUACAUCUGGUGUAUUUUAUGUGGCGGCUAAAACUGACUCUGUCAAAGAUGUACCGGGAAAUAAUUUAUUUCCAUGUGAAGCAUCAGACUCGGACGCCUUGUCUUCCUGUACAUGCGACAGUUUCGAACGAUGCGAGUUUGAUUGUAGAGAUUUUGAACCAUUUUCGGAUACGUGUUGUUGCGAUCCGCUUAGCGAUGGAGUAUGCAGUCGUAGUCCCAAGGAGGUCGACUCCCCCGAACACUUUUGUGAUCGAGUUGUGGAAGAAGAUCGCGUGUCAGCACGGAGUGACAUGGAUGGUCUGGAUUUAACUCUAUUCGAACCAGCACAAACUGAUUCUAAUGAUUGUGGAGAUGAAUCUACAGACCAAAAUUCAGCGUCUGCCACAGCCACUUUAUGUGGCAUUUUAUAUUCGCUACCAAAUACGGAAAACGAUGUAGCGACAAGUGCGGUUAGUGGUGCCGUUGUUGGUGUGCCUCUUUCUUGGGAGCCAUUCUACUGUGUUCUCCAGCAAGAUCGACGAACAUUCACGGCGUAUACUAGUGAAGAGUUAGCUUCAUUUCCUGGCUUCUAUUUGGACUAUAAGACGUCCAAUAACAAUGGAGAGUAUGCCACGCGAAGCCUCCCUCGAGUGAGAAUAGAUGGCGGUAGUAACGUUGGAAAUGGAGUUAGACUACGAUGUUGGGCUGCACCUCCAUCUAUUACUGAAGAAGAAGUUGAAGAUGAAAUAGAAGAAGAUGCUGUUUCACUACGAGCGUUACCAUCUCAAGACACAUCAUACGAGAAGGCAUGUCGGCGAGGUUCAGCGCCCAGCACACCAGUCCCCGGUGCGCAGGCGCAACACAGUCCUUCACGUCUCGCCUCAUUCUUCUUCUCCAAGAGAUCGUUCAGAAGUAAUCCUCUCAAACGGACUAAAUCAGCAACAAAAUUGGAGAGGGAGCGGGCACUGGCGGCCGUGCCCACGCACCCAGCGUCACACGCAUUACGAACCUCAAGAUCUCACGAAAGUCUUCUAUCAGCACAUUCACCGGCUGUCUCCACAAUGGACCUCGGACCACCAAAUCAGGUUGAGAUCCGAGCUCUACACUCGUCGGUUUUGGGCAGGCCACACUGUUUCGCAUUGAGCGCCGAGAAUCGCGCGCCGCGAUAUUUCGCGUGUGCUUCACGAAAAGAACGAGACCGCUGGAUAUACAGCUUACGGCAAGCGGCGCGACCGGAUGAAAUUCGCACUCGCAGAUGUGAGAGGACAGUAAAACUAUGGCUGUUGGAAGCGAAAGCCAUUCCUCCUAAGAAACGAUAUUACUGUGAAAUACUCCUCGAUGACACAUUAUAUGCUAGAUCAUCAUCUAAGCUGAAGACAGAGCUGUGCUUCUGGGGCGAGGUGUACGAGUUCAGCGCGCUGCCGGCCGUGCGCGCCAUCCACGUCAACGUGUACCGCGAGCCGGAGCGGCGCGCGCGCAAGCGGGACAAACACGCGCUCGUCGGCACAGUCCGCAUCCCGGUCGACGACGUGUCGUCGCGCUACCUCAACGAGCGCUGGUACCCGGUGAGCGAGGGCGACAAGCCGCAGUCGCCGGGCCGCGCGCCCGCGCCGCCGCCCGCGCUGCGCAUCAAGUGCCGCUACCAGUGCGUCGACGUGCUGCCGCUCGACCACUACGCGCGCUUCCUCGACUACCUCAAGAAGAACUAUCGCCGACUCUGCGAGUACCUCGAGCCCGUUAUCGGUGUCAAAGCGAAGGAAGACAUCGGCUGCGCGCUGGUGCUGUGCAUGGCGGGCGCGGGGCUGGCGCCGCGCUACCUGGCCGACGUGGUGGCGCUCGACGUGCGGCGCACCGGCGACCACUCGCUCACGUUCCGCGGGAACUCGCUGGCCACCAAGAGCAUGGAGGCGUACCUGAAGCUCGUGGGCGACCAGUACCUGCAGGACACGCUGGGCGAGGCGGUGUGCGCGGCGGCGGGCGCGGGCGCGGCGGAGUGCGAGGUGGACCCGCUGCGCGCGGGCGGCGGCGCGGCGCUGCGGCGCCAGCAGGCCGCGCUGCGCGACGCCGUGUCGCUGGCGUGGCGCGCCAUCGCCGCCUCCGCGCCGCGCUUCCCGCCGCCGCUCCGGGACUGCUUCGCCACGUUCCGCGAGAGGCUAUCGUCUAUGGGCCGUGAAGACAUAUCGGAUAACUUAAUCAGCGCGUCUAUUUUCCUUCGUUUCCUCUGCCCCGCUAUUCUCUCUCCAAGUCUUUUUGGAAUAACUCAUGAAUACCCGAACGAGCGAGCAGCGCGUAACUUGACGUUGGUAGCGAAGACACUUCAAACAUUGGCUAACUUCACGCGCUUCCAAGGCAAAGAGGCCUUUAUGGAGUUCCUCAACGACUUCCUCGAACAGGAAGCGCCCAAUAUGAAAGCUUUCCUUCGAGCGAUAUCUACGCGACCACAAGAACAACAGCAGUCACAAUCUCAACUUCAACAACAACAAGAUGGCAGCCAACGUAACUCGUCAGCAUCACAAGGGUCCAUUACUGGUUCAGAAGGUUCUAGAAGCGAAGUAGCAGUAGAAGUUGAUCCUGAAUGGGCACCGCAUGUUGACUUGGGGAAGCAACUAGCAACGCUGCAUGGAUUGUUGGCUGAUAGCUUACCCAAACUGCCUGCUGGAAAGAUACAGGAGCUGGAUCCUUUGUCUGAAAUCUUAGAGGACCUUAAUAAGAGACUGAUGAGCAAUGAUAACGGACCUACACCCGUAGGUGAUAAUAUUUUUAGAUUCAACGACCCCACUUGCAAUACACCAACGAAACAAAACGUCGAUGUACCUACUAAUGGUCCACUGAACAACAACUUCGCUCACAGCUCACCCAUAAUGAACAAAAACGGCGUUCAGUUCAAUAUAAGUCCAUCUAAAUCUAACGCUGAAGAAUCUAAGUACAAAGGUUCUUAUGUAACCGUAUCUAAAUCGCCUAGCUUCAAUUUACGCUCAGCGACGCUUCCGAGAAAUGGAUACGGAUCGAGUCCUGUCAGUCAGAACGUAAACCCGGACAGAUAUAGUUCUCAGUACAAUAAUCAAGAGCACUGUGUUAACUUAAAGGUCGUUCAGAUCGGCUUCGGGUCUGAUCAGUAUCCCAAAGGCAUCAGCAAUGGCAUCAACGAAAGCUUGGAGAGGAGAUUCCAGGAGAGAUAUAAACCAAAUAGCUUCAACCAGCAAACGCACUACCAUAAUUCUAACUAUAGCAGUACUGAAAGAUCUCCGAGCAGUGACAGUAUCAAUCAUAAUUAUUGCGCCAACGAUAUGCAAAAUAUUAUGAAGGAAACUGCGACGUUGGACGAGCUGUCAGAUCUUUUGAAGUACGCGGAUGAUUCUGACAUAGUCGAUGAAAAAAUUAUGAAUAAGAAAAAUAUGUCACAAUCCAAGUCAAACAACAAUAAUAUUAUUAACGGAAACAAAAAUUCUUAUACAAAUAACGGCUCAAACGUUUCAAUCAGCGGGUUAUCGAAUGUUGCGAGCUCUGGAUAUCAAAGUAUUGCAACAUAUAGCCAAAGCUCCAGUCCCAUCGAAAACACAGCUCACUUACACCAGCCUUACGAAAACGGCGGACAACCGAUGAGUCGUUAUUCACAGCUAAAUUACCAAAAACAGCGGGAUAAACAGUAUUACGACAGUAAAAAUGAAAAGUUCUAUCCAAAGAGUCCAGUGCAACAGAAGAUUGAAUACGAUAUUCAGAAAUAUGGUAUACAAAAUUUCACAACAGCUGACAACGUACAAAGUAACACAAAUGCCAACACUAAAAUAGCUCCUCUCGUUUUCACGAAUCCUGUCUACAACAUGGAGGAUAAUCGACAAUCGCAGGAAAUCAAGAAAACCAAUGAGAACAGAAACUCCAAACGAUGUCCAUGUGGCUCAUCCAGUUCAUCCAUCGAUGAGGAGGGCUUGAGCACUGACAACGUGGAGACUAACUCUGAAGAGGGUUCUACCAACUUCAACGAUGAUGGUAGAAAUUAUGACCAACAGAAUCGCAACAAUACCCACCGAAAACUUACCAGAGAUAAUUGUAAUUACGAAGAUUUGUACCAGAGGAGUAAUCAAAGUCACUCUCCCAGGAUAAGGGAAGACGAAUCUUCUAGUAAUUCUCCAAGUUUAAGAAAAAGCAGUAAAACACGAAUGCCUCGAACAAAUCCUAUGCUUUCCUACUCAACUAAUCAAAAUCAGCUUAACCUUAAGCAUUUCGGCCAAAGAGGUGAGUCGUUGUAUGAAAGUAAACCACACCACAUUUCCACGGAUUCCGGUUAUCCAAUGAGUAGAUCUGAAUCAAACGUGGAGGAGGUAAAUAAAGAAAUGUACCGACUUCAAAUAUCACGAAGUCAAAAGGCGUUGUUCAACAUGGAAAACUCGAAAAACUCACCCGAAAAGUUUUUGACGGAGAGUUCUAUUCCAGAAACGAAUUAUCCUUUGGAUAGAACGUACUCUGGCGCGAAAGUAUCGAGUAGCAGGUUGAAUGAAGACUUAGAAAGACACCAGGAUUACUAUGGGGUGAGAGAAAGAAGAGAGUCGCCUUCCAAAAUGUUUAAUCGGGAGUCGCAUUCUAGUGAGGCUAGUGAAAGGGCGCCGGUGAGGACCGAAAGGGAUUUGCCAGCGAGAGAUAAGUUGCAGCGACGGCUCAGCUUAGAGUCUGCGAGGGAACUCACAGACAGCUCCGACGAAGUGGACGACACGUUAUACAGUACAACUGGUAGACGACGCACUAAGCACCACAGAACCAUUGAACAGUAUGAACGCGAAAUAGAGAGGCUAAAAUGUUCAGUGGAGAUGCUGCGAGGACGUCUGGGGCCAACUGACUCUGGCCAGGACCACACUGAUGCCAAGAUGAAGGCUAUCAUAUCCAGACUGAUUUGUGUCGAAGAGGAGCUUCGGCGAGAACAGCGCAAGAUGGCGGCCGCGCUGUCACACAAGCAGCGCGUCAUCGAGGCGCAGGAACAUCGCAUCGCAGCUCUCGACGAAGCAAACACGAGGCUGUUGUCCGCACUCGUACAUUUACAGCAACGAGCCCCACACCCCACCCCCGCACACAACACCAACCACAACAACUCACACUCACCCCACUCGCAACAUUCGCAUCAGGAAUUGCAGAUAUGAAAUUACAGUUAGAGAUGAGAUAGUAUUGCAGUAUCUUGUAGUUUUGAAGUUUGUGUAGGUUUUGGUACAACUGCCCUUGCUCCUGACUUAUAAAAUAGGCUAUUCCUUCACGAUUUUUUUUAUAAUAAUGGAUUGCAAUAUAUGAAAAUAGUUUUUAUAUGAUUGCUUGCCCCUCGAUAAACUUUUAGGGCAUUCAUUAGAACUAGAUGUGGUUAACUUCCUCGAUAGACAGGAUAUAUUUAUUAUUCAGACUAACAAACAAGCGUCUGCACAAAUCAGAACUUUCUAUUCGAUUGAAUUUUAGCAUUUCUUAUAAAUCUUACAAUUAAAAUAAGCUUAUAUAUUUUCGUGUAAUUUGCAAUGAUUCUUGUUAUAUAUGUCAUUUUUAUAAACUAUAUUUUUUGUAUCACAACCAUUUAUUCUGCCAUUUACGUGUACUUUUUUUGUUGAACGUUGUUUCUUUAGUUUUAAUGUAAAAUGCUUUAAAUGACAUUAACAUUUCGUUCUAUAUCAGUAUUCUGUAAGAUUAAUUCUGGUUUAAUGUUUUCACAAGUGACAAUUAUUGUUUUGUUUUUUUUUUUUUGUAACAAUGAUACCAAAGACGUUGAAUAUCCACUGGACAGUAGAGUUGCUAGUUACGACAGUUUUGGAAGAUUGUGUCCUAUUGAUGACAUACUGAAGUCGCUAUUGAGAUAUUAUCUGUAACUUUGACGUUACUCCUUCAUAUUUGGAAAGUGUCCUGACUAGCAUCUAUGCAUGUUCUAAACUAGUGUUGUAGCGGGAACAUUAGCACCCCCUAUGUCAAGUUCUAGUUUUAUCAUUUAAAAUGUUAUAGAUUUUAUAAUAAUGUAAGACUUGUAUCAUAAUAUUGUAGCAAAUAUGCUUAUUUGUAGUGAAACCGAUUAAAAAAGAGAGAUAUUUUUAAUACUCUCUUUUUUAAUCGGUUUCGGAGUAUUAGUAUGAGUGUAGAGUAAAAAUUAAAUUGAUAUAAAAUUAUGAUUGAAUAAUUAAUGCAUUUUGGAAAUGCUUUGAACAAAUUCGAUAACCAUUAUUUUCUAUUAAAUUAAUUUUAUGCAUUGCAAUUUAUACGGAAUCAACAACUUAGUUGUUUUACAUUGAAAAUUAUUUUUAAGCCAUAACUUUGUAAAAUACCUAAAUAGGUAUAUUAUUAUAAUAUACUUAUCACAUUAAAUUAUGGAU